AGUUUGGUGGUAAGGAGGAGGAGGAGGAGGACGAUCAUGGCGCAACAAAACAAAACUUCCCACAAUCUCACUUUCUUUUCUCCCAGUUGACGAAGCUUUAAACGUCUUUUAUCCGAGUUACCUUUGCUGGAACUGUCAGAUGCAUCACAUCCUGCACCCUGGAAGAUUUUUAUGGGGAAACGUCUACCAGACAUCCUGGAGAAAGUGUUGCACGAGUUUUGCCAAGAUGAUGCAGGCGGUGUGUGUGGACGUCCCCGGAGGACCAGAGAAUCUGCUGCUGCGGUCUGUCCCCAGACCUCAACCCAAAGAUGGAGAGGUCCUGAUUAAAGUUCAUGCUACUGCUCUGAACAGGGCAGAUCUACUGCAGAGGCGAGGACUGUACCCACCUCCUCCAGGUGAGAGCGACAUCAUCGGCCUGGAGGUGGCUGGGACCGUGGACACGCUGGGCCCUGGGGUGAAAAGAGGUUGGAGGCCAGAGGACAGGGUCAUGGCCCUGCUCUCUGGAGGAGGAUACGCAGAAUAUGUUGCUGUGCCUGAGGAGCUCCUCAUGCCCAUUCCCCCGAAUCUCAGCCUGUCUCAGGCUGCUGCCAUCCCAGAGGCCUGGCUCACCGCUUUCCAGCUGCUGGCGCUCGUAGCUCAGGUGAAGGAGGGUGAGGUGGUGCUGGCUCAUGCUGGAGGCAGCGGCGUAGGAACGGCUGCCGUUCAGCUGGUCCGUCUGUUCGGCGCCGUGCCCAUCGUCACGGCCGGGAGCGAAGAGAAGCUGAAGAUGGCCGAGACACUGGGAGCCGCAGCCGGGUUCAACUACAAAGAGGAGAACUUCUCACGGGGAGUCCAGGACUUCACAGGAGGCAGGGGAGCAGACGUCAUCCUUGACUGCAUUGGCGGAUGUAACUGGGAGCAAAACGUGAACUGCUUGGCCACGGACGGACGCUGGGUGCUGUACGGCACCAUGGGCGGCAGAGCGGUGGAGGGAGACUUCCUGGGCAAGCUGCUCGCCAAGCGAGGACACCUGCUCAGCAGCCUCCUCCGCUCCCGCAGCCUUCAGUACAAGGCGGACCUGGUCCAAGCCUUUUCUACUCGAGUGAUCCCGCACUUCUCGGACCAGGCUGCUUCCCUGAGGCCAGUGAUCGACAGCACGUUCAACCUGGAGGACAUCGCAGCCGCUCACAGGCACAUGGAGGCCAAUAAGAACAUGGGCAAGAUUAUCAUCAAUGUGAUUCCACAGAAACAGGAAACUCAGAAGCAGUGAUUUUGACAGAAAUGCCAUUGCCCUGAUAUGUAUUCUUGAUUUAUGCCAAACUAUUUUCUUACAAAUAUUAUUGUGAUUUUAUGAUUAAAUAUACAGCAUCCAAAAAUAAAAUAAUCCAAAUAUUUUA